ACCGGUUACAGCAGGAUAGGCCAGACCUCAUUUAAAUAAUUCAUCUGAUUUUGUUGCGAAUUUAAAAAAAAAGAAAAGUUGUUUAGUUUGUUUUUUGCUCCAUAAGGUGUAGUAGAAUCAGCAGAGAUUAUGAAAGUCCUUGUUUUAUCAUUUUAUAUAUUUUGGGCAAAUUAAAAAAAAUAAUAAUAAUAAAUUUAAAAAAAAACAGGCUUAAUUUAGAGUAGGUUAAUGGGUAAAUAAUAAUAAUAAUAAUAAAGAUUGAACGAUAAAUUACUUUUAAAGGUUGUGAAGGUUGUAUUAAAUUUCUACAUGUCUGCAAGAAAGGGACGUGGUUUUGUUGUUAUCACGUAUUACCGUUCCAAUGAUAUAACAAACAUUAAAAGGAAGACAAUGGGAGUAGUAUCGCUACUCAAACAAAUUUGGUUUGAUAAGAUCUCGUGGUGUUCCCUGUUUAUUUGUUUUUCUUUCCUCUUCCCCUUUGUAACAUUAGACCGAUGAAAGCUGCGCGGUCAAGCCCACAUCUCCAAACUGCAUCAGCCUGAUUUAGACUAGAUGAUGGCUAGAUGAGACAGCAUAUGCUCAUGAGUAUGUGUGUGUGCGUGCUGCUGCUAUUAUAGUUGCCAAACAAGUCUUCGCCCGAAACAAGGGGAUGGGAGUAUAAAGACAGUGGUUUGAGAAGGACUAAGCGAUGGAGCAGGGGUCAGAGGAGAACAUGGAGAGCUCAUGGACUCUGCUCUCCUGGCUUGCUUCUGGAGUGAUGGUGUUUGGAGGUGCAGUUCCCUAUGUCCCCCAGUACCAGGAGAUCCAGAGGACCAAUAACGCAGAGGGAUUCUCAACAAGAGUCUGUCUGGUGCUGCUCGUUGCUAAUAUACUUCGCAUUUUCUUCUGGAUAGGCAAGCAGUUCGAGCUCCCUUUGCUCCUGCAGAGUGUGGUGAUGAUUCUCACCAUGUUGGUUAUGCUACAUUUGUGCUGUUCCAUCCAGAGCAGCAACCGUGUCAGUACUAAACAGCACCACAUCACAGAUUUGGACCUUCGGUAUUUCUGGAGCUGGAGUUCUUUUGAGGACUAUCUGAUGUUCUGCUUUGCCUUCACGCUGCUGUGUGCUUUCAUUACGUUCCUCUUUCUGGACUGGGUCCUAUUUGUGGAGGCCCUGGGCUCUUUGGCUGUAAUGUUUGAAGCCAUGUUGGGACUGCCUCAGCUGCUGCAGAACUACAACAACCUCUCCACCCGAGGCAUGAGCGUAAAGAUGGUGCUUUUAUGGACGGCUGGUGACAUCUUUAAGACCACGUAUUUCGUGAUCAAUGAAAGCCCCACCCAGUUCGUGGUCUGUGGUGCGGUACAGAUCAUAAUUGACAUUGCCAUUCUGCUCCAGGUGGGCUACUACGGCCAGGACACCAGAAUCAAACUGGGCUGAGAUCACUACAAUAAUAAUGAUCAACACUCCUAAAUGAGGACAUUCUACGUGCUACUUACCUGCAAAACCACAUGCUUUUACUUUUAAAAUUUUUUUUUUUUUUUACUACACAGUGGGGUUUAAAAGUCUGAAACUGCUAGUGAAAAUAGUUAUAUUUUGCUUUUCUCUCAUUUAUUUUAAUGCAAAAAAAUUUUACUUUUUUAUAUAGGCCUAGUUCACAUGCUCCAUGUCACAAAUUAGUGGCCUAGAAGUUAUCUAAUAUUUUGUAUUUGAUUAGUUGUAAUGCUGCUUGGGUUUUAAUUCAAUUUAAAAUCCUAAAACUUAUAUUCUGUUUAUUUUAAAUUUGAUUUUGGAUCCCAGAUUUUCAAUGUGGUUUCAGUCUGUUGAACCCUGCUGGAUACAAAUUUUUUAUUCAACAAUGUUUUUAAAUUUUUCUUCUAUCCUUAAGUUAUUUAUGUCUUACCAAACAGCAAGUUUUCAUUCAAAGAAGCGUGAACAGGCCUUAGGCUAUAUGCAAUGGCUGGAUAUCCUUAUACCUUUUAUUUGAUUAAAAAAUUUGAUAAAAACAUUUAACUAAUCCAGCCAACAGAUUCACUACAACAGGACAAAUGAAUGCCCCUUCACUUUGUUAUUUCUACUAUUUGUAUUUUUGCUAGCUUUUGUGAGAGCCAAUAUGCUCUUAGUGCAAUUAAAGUGCUGGGAAAUGCAUGUGCCAAAUGCAUCUGCCACAACCUGUAUUCAAA